GUAAACGACAAAUCGUACGUGACUAUCCGAACGAGAACGCAGUUACACCGACGCGCGUGUAUGAACUCGUGCGUCUGGAAUCCACCGGAACACGGAUCGUGUAUAACAUAGAAGAGAGAACCGGAUUCGUGGCAAUUCCUCGAAACGUAUCGUGAGCUCUUGUUCCAUCGUGCUUUCUCGCCGGGCCGUGCUUCGAAAACGCGUUAAACACGAAGCUUCUAGAGGGCCGUAGCUCGGGGUGCAACAGCGAAGGGAGGGCAAUGAAAACGUCGACGUUAUCCUCCAGUGACAUGAUCAAACAGGAGGUGAGCCAAGACGAGCAUCGUACGCGAAGAAGAAUGGCUCGUGUAACGGAAGACGAGGCCGGUUCUCGUGUCGAUCGAUGGAAUUCCUUUAACGUAUAAGAGAUAUCUGCAAGGAUCUGAUCCUUUCCAACGAACAGCUCCAUAUGGUUAUGCAAAAGUUGGACGAUGAGAUAAACAAAGGUCUAUCGAAGGAAACGCACGAUCAGGCGAUUGUGAAAUGUUUCGCGACCUACGUCCAAGACCUUCCCGAUGGCAGUGAGAAGGGCCACUUUUUGGCUUUGGAUCUGGGAGGGACGAAUUUCAGGGUGCUCUUGAUCACCUUGGAUCACCAGAAUUUCGACAUGAAGAGUAAAAUCUACGCCAUACCACAGAGUCUCAUGUUAGGAACUGGCACACAGCUCUUCGAUCAUAUAGCUCAGUGUUUGGCAUUGUUUGUCAAGGACCUGAACCUUCACAACGAGCGUCUACCUCUCGGUUUUACGUUCAGCUUCCCAUUGUCUCAACAGGGGCUGACCAAGGGUUACCUAGUCAGGUGGACGAAGGGUUUUAAUUGCAGCGGUGUAGUCGGCGAAGACGUGGUUGCUUUGCUCGAAAAGGCAAUCGCAAAAAGAAAAGACGUGAAAAUCGAGGUAUGCGCCAUUCUGAACGACACCACUGGUACUCUGAUGUCGUGUGCUUGGAAAAACAGGAAUUGCCGUAUCGGAUUGAUCGUCGGAACUGGUACCAACGCCUGUUACGUGGAGAAGACGACGAAAGUACAGUGUGCGAUUCCAGGAAACUUCUCGCAAGAGAAGCCGUAUAUGCUGAUCAAUACCGAAUGGGGUGCGUUCGGCGAGGGUGGUGUGCUCGAUUUUAUUCUAACGGAGUUCGAUCGAGCCAUCGACGAAAAUUCGAUCAAUCCGUCGAAACAGUUGUUUGAGAAGAUGAUCUCGGGCAUGUACAUGGGAGAAUUGACGAGGUUGGUUCUCGAGAAAGUGGUGAACGCCGGGCUACUGUUUGGUGGAAAGUGCCCCAGCGAUCUUAAGAAACGGGGCAAAUUCUUCACGAAAUACGUUUCAGAAAUCGAAAACGAUGCUAAAGGGAAAUACACGAACUGCCGCGAAGUAUUAGCAGAAUUAGGAUUACGAAACGUAAGUGACCAGGAUUGUGAAAACGUUAGGUAUGUUUGCUCUGUUGUGUCGAGGAGGGCAGCUCACCUGGCCAGCGCUGGAAUCGCCAUGUUAUUGAACAAAAUGGGCGAAGACAGCGUGACAGUCGGAAUCGAUGGCUCGGUCUACAGAUUCCAUCCGUACUUCCACGAGCUUAUGACCGAGAAGAUAAGCCAGUUACAGAAUUAUAAGUUCGAUUUAAUGCUCUCGGAGGAUGGCAGCGGUCGUGGUGCGGCGCUGGUCGCCGCAGUGGCUGCCGGACGCCGGUGAAGACAACGGCUGUGCCGCGUCUCCUCAAACUUAGAUUAAAUUAAGUUAUAUGCAGUAACGAUUCAAAUUUGACACACCAUUAACAUAUACGUACACAGAAAAUGUAUGAAGUCACGCGUAUGUGCCGAGGAAAAAGUCGAAGACAGCUAGCAAUUAAAUAAACUAAAAAUGAAAGAAAGGAAGCGAGAGAGGGAGAGAUAAGUAAAUAAAAGAACGAGUGAGAUUCUGUCUGUUAGGAAGAAUAGAGAGCAAGAUCGAGAAUGAAUGAGUGUGAAAACGAAUGAAAGUGAAAGAGAGAGAGAGAGAGAGAGAGAGAGAGAGAGCUGAAUGUGCACUUGUACAUAGAGCAUAAAACAUAGCCUAACCUCUGCGAAAAUAUCGAAACAACGGUACUUGAAGGAGUACUUACAAAUCGACGAGCAUAUUUACGCUCGUCACUACUAGACCGGAGAAGGAAACAGAACAAAUUUAUAACAAAGUGUUUUCACGCGAGACGUGGUUGCACACGAGCAAACUAAUAAACGGAAUUACGAGUAAUGUGCAACAGAAAUCCUAUUACUGCCAUAAGUGCAGACAAAUACGUAUACGUAGACGUGCCUGGAUGGAAGGAAUCUGAAAGAAUUUCAAUGGUUCCUUCGAAGCAAAGGCUACGUGAAUUUAUCGGCAUUAUGCGUGUGCUCCUAGCUCGCGAUACAUCAUAUAUCACGAAAUGUCGACGAUAAACGGUCGAUCUCGAUGUUCCUUCUUGACAGAACAUGCACAAAGAUGCGACUGGUUCGCGAUCCUGUGGGUCAGUCUCUUCUGUUUCGCUAUUGCUCCGAAAUGUUUGCGGAAGAGGAUGAUGAAAGGAACGGGCGGAUCCUUGGUUCACAUAGAGCGAUUUAUAAAUUAUUUGUAUCGUCGUUUUAUCCUACAGUAAUCUUAUUGUAACGUUUAGACGCGCGUGAUUGAGACGAUGGUCGCGCAAGUCGAGAAAGAAUGAGCGUAACGAGGAUAAAAGAAGUUGUGCAUGCGUGAAAGAAGUUCGGUAUGCAAAACGAGAUUAUAUGUAUAUUAAUAUCGGGACGAGAAAGAAAAAAGAAAGAAAGAAACACAAAAGCGAAAAGACGAAGAGAUAGCGCGAGCAAAUAUUAGAGAAAGUGUGUUUUGCAACAGUUCAUUAGAAAAAAAAAUGUGUAGUAUCGUUUUAAGAGAUUUAGGCGGUUUGAAGUAUUUUUAGAUUUAUAGGCCACGGUCGCGUUCAACGCGUACGUCUUCUUUGGACGUCGCUCUUAUUGUUACGACGAUGAUGAUGACGAUCGCCGCGUAUAUACGCGCAUACGAUCUUUCAGCAUUGUCUCCGGAACGAUUCCUCGAAGAUGUUCGCAUCGAUGUCGCGACUUAAAUUAUACAACGUACAUUAAAGAGGAUGACGAAAAAGGAAAGACAAAAAAAUUAAAAAAGAAGAAAGAAAGAGAGAGAGGCAAAUGUGUGAGUGAACGCGUACAUGAAGGAGCGAUUGACUCUUGAUACUGUGUUUUCCCGCCACUCUCUCGUGUCGAGAGGCGAAUAUUUCUUUGGAGUUCAAAGAUCGAUGGAGCAGAAUAAUAAACGACCUGUUUUGAGAGCAAA